UGGCAGCUGGGUGCUGAGAGUCUGGUAGGGAGUGAGUGGCCGCCCGAGGCUCGCAGCCCCUGGCCAGGCCGACCUAUGGAGCUCGAGAACAUAGUAGCCAACACCGUGCUGCUGAAAGCCAGGGAAGGUGGUGGGGGAAACCGAAAAGGAAAGAGCAAAAAAUGGCGACAGAUGCUGCAGUUUCCACAUAUCAGCGAAUGUGAGGAGCUAAGGCGUACGAUUGAGCACGAUUAUCACAGUCUUUGUGAUCGUCAACCCAUUGGACGUCUUCUCUUCCGUCAAUUUUGUGAGACUCGGCCAGAGUUGUGGCGUUGUGUCCACUUCCUAGAUGCUGUGACUGAGUAUGAAGUAUCUCCAGACGAGAAGCGGAAAGAAUGUGGUCAGCUACUGAUUCAAAAAUACCUCACUAAUACGAGUGAAGAUUAUAUCACAGAGGUCCCUGAACAGCUGGUCGGUGGUUGUAGAGACAGCUUGGAAAACAAACCAUGCAAAGAACUGUUUAAAGACUGUUCUAAACUUGUCCAUGACUUCCUCAGCAUGGCUCCAUUUUCAGAUUACCUGGAUAGCCAACAUUACAACCGCUUUUUACAGUGGAAAUGGCUAGAGAGACAGCCAGUCACAAAGAAUACAUUUCGCCAAUACAGAGUUCUGGGCAAAGGGGGAUUUGGUGAGGUUUGUGCCUGCCAAGUUCGAGCAACAGGCAAGAUGUAUGCAUGCAAGAAACUUGAGAAGAAACGUAUUAAGAAACGGAAAGGGGAAUCCAUGGCCUUAAAUGAGAAACAGAUCUUAGAGAGAGUCAACAGCAGGUUUGUAGUUAGUCUGGCUUAUGCAUAUGAGACAAAAGACGCUCUUUGUCUGGUGCUAACACUAAUGAAUGGAGGUGAUUUGAAAUUUCACAUUUAUCACAUGGGUGAGGCUGGAUUUGAUGAAGACAGAGCAAUAUUUUAUGCUGCAGAAAUUUGUUGUGGCCUUCAAGAUUUACAACAAGAGAGAAUAGUUUACAGGGAUUUAAAACCAGAAAAUAUUUUGCUGGAUGACCAUGGACACAUCCGGAUCUCUGAUCUUGGAUUGGCUGUGCACAUCCCAGAAGGUCAAACUAUUAAAGGCAGAGUAGGCACUGUAGGAUACAUGGCUCCUGAGGUGGUGAAGAAUGAACGGUACACAUUCAGCCCUGACUGGUGGGCGCUUGGUUGUCUGCUGUAUGAGAUGAUAGAGGGACAGUCCCCUUUCCAGCAGAGGAAGAGGAAGAUCAAACGUGAGGAGGUAGAGCGGUUAGUAAAGGAAGGCCAAGAAGAAUAUUCAGGCAAGUUUUCGCCAGAGGCUAAGGCUCUUUGUACUAUGCUUCUAUGUAAAGACCCUGAUCAGCGAUUAGGGUGUUGUGGUGGAGGAGCACAGGAAGUAAAAGAACACCCAUUGUUCAGGCAUAUAAAUUUUAAGAGACUUGAAGCUGGAAUGCUAGAUCCCCCAUUCAAACCAGAUCCACAAGCAAUUUACUGCAAGGAUGUCCUGGACAUAGAACAGUUUUCAACAGUGAAAGGAGUGGAGCUAGAGCAAACCGACAGCGACUUUUACAGAAAAAUUGCUACUGGUUGUGUGUCUAUACCGUGGCAAGAUGAGAUGAUAGAGACCGACUGCUUCAAAGAAUUAAGUGAAGUGCCCUUGGAUGGACCUGUCCCACCUGAUCUGGACUGGAGAGGUCUACCUUCCCCGGAACCCAAGAAAGGCCUGCUGCAGCGACUGUUCAGCAGACAGGACUGUUGUGGUAACUGCAGUGAUAGUGAAGAUGAGCCGACUCGCCUAUAGUUUCGCGGGACUUCAAAACAAUUGAGCUGGAGGGAAGAACUGGCUCAUACUGUAAGUGAGCAGGAUUAAUGAAUCUCCUCUUCUGCUCCCAGAGGACAGCCGCCUGGAUGCCUUUGUACUUGUAUUAUCGUAGCACUACUACCUAACUGCACUGCUGCAAUGUCACCAAAAUGCCUGGAUAUUUGAUUUCUCCUUUGUAACAUGUCUUGUUGAUUUUUAUACAUUUUUGUUUUCUAAAAAAAAAAACACGCCAGACUUUU